AUGCUUUGCGUUCUCCUCCGGCAGGAACACAAAAGCCCGAAGCAGUGCUUGCGGGAAGGGCAUUGCCGGAGUUUGCAAAUGACGUUUUUCGCCUGCAAAAGGUCGAUGUUGGAUGCCAGGACAAGAUUCAGAGGAAGGAAGGGAUACUGA